CUUCUUCCUUUAAAGUUUUUCUUUUUCUCUCACAGUCAAAAAAACACUCUUUUUUCGGGUCUAGAACCAGAAAGCGGGAACAGUUUCGGGUCGCUGCACGCAGAGUAUCGGAGGAAGUAAUGGCGGCUGUCGGAGAGGUGGCUCAGAGGUCAGCUCCAAAGCGGCGGAGGUACUCUUCGCAGAAAGCAUACUGCUGAGAAAGAGAUAGAGAGAGAAGCCCUUUUAUCGUAAUUUGUUUUGAUCACUGAAACAACUGUCUUUUUCAAGAUUAGAUUUUUAUGAACUCUCUGGGUAGAUUUCUCAAUGUCGUUUGACAUUCGAUAAAGACACCUCGCCGCCCAGUAAACAUCUCUUGGUUGUUAAGAUUUGAUCUAAAGCUUGGAGUUUGUCGAUGAUUAUGGAGGGGUGCAUGAAGGGGAUUUCUGGGAUUUACUCUUUGAUCAACUUUUCCGGUUUUCUGAGUGUCUAAUAGCGGUAUUCGCAAAAAAAGAUUGAGUCUUUUUGUUUUUGGGUGUUGGGGGUGUGGUUUCUUUAGCUAUAGAGAAAUGGGAAAGGGUGAUGGUUUGUUACUACUUCUAUCAACAGAGGGACCGCCGAUAAAGCGGCGAGCAGGGUUGAGGAGGAAACAGGCCGGAAGAGGAUCUUACAGAGGUAGUUAGGUUUAGAAAAUCCAGGAGAAUAGAGGGGGGAAACAAACAAAAUUAGGGGUUUUAAUAAUAAUUUCUGUUGUAAUUUGACCCGAUUUCAAAUUUAGGGGACUGGAUUCUUUGGGGGGUCUGGACUUGUUAGAAUUUCUGCUCACAUUAUUAUGGGAUUCCUAUUGCGCCAAGCACUCAGGACCCUCUGCUCCAACACUCUCUGGAACUAUGCUGUUUUCUGGAAACUCACCCAUCGUUCAAGGAUGAUGCUGAUAUGGGAGGAUGCCUAUUAUGGUAAUAACGAGCACCACGAGAAGAAAUUGUUCAGUAAUUCAGCGGGCAACUUGCUCGAUGGGCAUUGUUCACAUGAUGCUCUCGGUUUAGCUGUGGCUAAGAUGUCAUAUCAUGUAUAUUCUCUAGGGGAAGGGAUUGUCGGGCAGGUGGCUGUUACUGGUAAACAUUUGUGGAUUUCUGCUGAUAAAUGGGUAACAAACCCCAGCUCCUCAUUUGAGUACUGUGAUGGAUGGCAAACUCAGUUUUCGGCUGGAGUUAAGACCAUUGUUGUUGUGGCGGUUGCUCCUCUAGGAGUUGUACAGCUUGGAUCUUUGGAUGACAUUCCCGAGGAUCUGAAGAUGGUCAAACACAUUAGGGAUGUUUUCUCGGAGGUCCAUGAUUCUGUAGCUGGUCACUUGCAGGGUGCAAUGCAGAAUAAUGCGGAGACUUCUUGUGUGUCAGAUGUGUCCACUAGAACCUCCGGUUCGGAGGUUUAUCUCGAUUGCACAAAUAAUCUAGAUAGAAGUAUUGAAGACGGGACGAAUUUCUGCUCUUCUAAAUACGUGUUUCUUGGACAAGGAAAGCACGGCCAUUGUUCUCCUAUGGUUUCUCGUCCUUCAACUUACCCGAAUAAAAUACACGAAGUGCCUAAUAAGCAUGAAGGUCCCGGGCCUCCAAUACCGAGUUGUGAAAGUUUUUUCGAUGGGCCCGAAGCUAUUGCUUUGAUGAGUGAAGUGCAAACGAGCAAACUAAGGGACUCGGUAGAAGAUAAAAGUAAAUCUUAUAAGAACAAAAUUGCUUCGUGUGAUGCUGUACAGGCUCUUGAUUAUUCGGGUAUGGAUAUACCGUACCCCCCUUCAGAAUUUCUCGUUUCUGCAGCAGAUAACGAUCAGAACGGGGCGUUUUCCUUGCCCGUUCUUCCCAAUUCUGGGUUACAUAAAGAUUCCGAGAAUAACUCAUUCCAGUCCAGUGAUAUGAACGUGAUUCAGACUCCUUUAAGUUUCUAUGCUGGCUAUGAGCUAUACGAGGUGUUAGGGCCUGCUUUUCAAAAGGGUAGCGGUCGUAAUCUUUGGGAAACCGAGAAAACCGAAACGGGAAUGGCCGUUGAGAUGCCCGAGGUAAUGGGUGAUAGCAGUCUGUUAAUGAGUGACAGUAGGACCGAACAUCUUUUGGAAGCGGUGAUAGCCAACGUUAAUUGCCACGAGAGUGACGCUAACAGUGUGAAGUCUUUCUGUAAAUCCGUUGAAUCCUUUGUGACCACCGAAAAGACGGAGCCUUGCACUAGUGAUGUGGGCACGAUCAGUUCGGCGGGUUACUCGUUCGACCGUGAUACACUGAACAGCUUCAACUCUUCGGGGGCGUGUGGAGUUAGAUCUUCAAUAGGCCUUUCUUCGACCAGUUCUAGUAGAGGCAGCGGGCAUAUGGAAAGACCACAAGAACCGGUGAGAAUGAAUAAACGGAGGGCAAAACCUGGUGAAAGUAGUCGACCCAGGCCCCGGGACCGACAGCUGAUUCAAGAUCGCAUCAAGGAGUUGCGAGACCUCGUGCCUAAUGGUUCAAAGUGCAGUAUUGAUUCACUUCUGGAGCGCACAAUCAAGCACAUGCUUUUUAUGCAAAGUAUCACAAAGCAUGCCGAGAUGCUAAAUAAAUGCACUUCAUCAAAGUGGCUCGACAAGGAACCAGGAACUCAAGGGCCUUCCUCCAACGAGCAAGGUUCAAGCUGGGCGGUGGAAGUGGGGAGUAACAUGAAAGUAUGCCCUAUAAUCGUAGAAAACCUGAACAUGAAUGGUCAAAUGCUAGUCGAGAUGUUAUUAAAAGACUGCAGCCAUUUUCUCGAGAUAGCAGAAGCCAUCAGGAGCUUGGGUCUCACCAUACUGAAAGGCGUAGCAGAAGGGUAUGGCGAGAAGACCCGGAUGUGCUUCGUGGUUGAGGGACAGAAUAACCAACCCAUGCAUCGCAUGGAUAUACUGUGGUCGCUUAUGCAGCUACUGCCACCCGAGAUUAAUGCGUGAUAUGAUGCAGCUAACCAGACCGGACCGGGGGCGCUGUAUCUCAGUUCAUAGAUUUGCUCGAUCAGCUCGUGUGUGAAGAUGAUUUCUUUUUCCGUGUUUUGCAAUUGUAAUUCUCUCUUUAAAUUGAAUUAUUUGUUGAGUGCUAUAGCUAUACCAAUGAACACUGUUUGAAACCUUUCUAUUCCUGGAUUGGAUGUGGUUUUCUUUGUCUGUUCUGUACAAUGAUGUUUUGUGCUACAUCGGUUUUGACUUCGCAAGACAUUGUAAAGUAGUGUUUAAACUCGA